GAUCUUUUUAUUAUAAAGAUCUGGGACACGUGCUUUCCAAGUCCAACGUGAUUGGACCGCUUGCAACCUCGCGUUUUAAAAAAAAAAAAAAAGUAGGGAAGUGCACAAGCUCGUGUUUACUUCCCGCGGUGCGUGCCAUUAUCAAGAAGUGUCGAUAAUUAAAAACGGGAUGUUUGUCGCGCGCAGCAUCGCAGCCGAUCAUAAAGAUCUGAUCCACGAUGUUUCUUAUGAUUUUCACGGGCGGAGAAUGGCGACGUGCUCCAGCGACCAAAGCAUUAAGGUGUGGGAUAAGGGUGGUAAUGGAGAAUGGAGCUGCACAGCCAGCUGGAAAACUCACAGUGGCUCGGUUUGGAGAGUGACCUGGGCCCAUCCAGAGUUUGGACAAGUGUUGGCAUCCUGCUCCUUUGACCGUACUGCCAUAGUAUGGGAGGAGAUUGUUGGAGAGUCCAAUGACAAACAACGAGGACAAAGCCAUUGGAUAAAGAGAACCACACUUGUGGACAGUCGGACAUCUGUGACCGACGUGAAGUUUGCCCCGAAGCACAUGGGCUUGAUGCUGACCACAUGUUCUGCAGACGGGGUGGUGCGAAUCUACGAGGCCCCUGACGUGAUGAACCUGAGCCAGUGGUCCCUGCAGCACGAGAUCUCGUCCAAACUCUCCUGCUCCUGCAUCUCCUGGAACCCUUCCAGUUCCCGAGCUCAUGCACCUAUGAUUGCAGUGGGUAGCGAUGACAGCAAUGUAACGUAUGGUGGCAAAGUUCAGAUAUACGAGUAUAACGAAGUUACAAGGAAAUAUGCCAAAGCAGAGACACUGAUGACAGUUACAGAUGCUGUACAUGAUAUUGCAUUUGCUCCAAAUCUGGGACGGUCUUUCCAUGUACUUGCUAUUGCAACCAAAGAUGUGCGCAUCUUCAAACUGGUUCCACUUCGAAAGGACGGCUCUUCUUCAGCACCCACUAAAUUUGAGGUGCAGGUGCUGGCUCAGUUUGACAGUCAUAACUCUCAGGUUUGGCGGGUCAGCUGGAACAUCACCAGUACACUUCUGGCUUCCUCUGGUGACGAUGGUUGUGUGAGACUCUGGAAAGCAAACUAUAUGGACAAUUGGAAGUGCACGGGCAUUCUAAAGGGAGAUGGUAGUCCAGUAUCUGGUCAGCCUGGAGCGCUGAGCGGCGUCCUGGGAUCUGCUACUGCACAGAGUGCUCUAAACGGGGCCACUGGAAGAUAGAUGCCAUAUGACAGGAGCCAAAUCUGGAGCUGAGCACUUCUUUGAUACUGGACUUUACACUGAGACCAACUGAUUGUGCUUGCUGGACAUGCAAGAAGACUGGCACUUACCAUGGGUCGAUUAGUAUUAUUAUUAUUAUUAUUAUUAUUAUUAUUAUAAACUGCCUUCAAUGAAUGUUCCUUAAGUUGACUUCCCUUUCAGUCUAUGGGAUUGUUUUACUCCGGAUACAGACUGAAAAAUACAUGGCCUUUUUGCCCAUUUCUGUAUUUUGAAAUGAGUCGUGUUUAAAUGGAUGUUCUGAUCCCGAAAAGACACCAUAUCUAUUUCGGAGGACGUGUUUUAUUUUAAUGAUGUUUUGUUGACAUGAUUAAUGAAAAAAGAUGCUGCCAUUACAAAGCUGCGAAAUAUUGGUCUAAUUGACUUCACUCUUGUGUUAUUGUAUGAGAAUCAUAAAGGUUAAGGUUUAAGCAGCUGGUAUAUAUGAAGUAUUCAGAAAUAUUUGAGCUUGUUUUAUUUGAAUCAUGCAUUUCUACUUUAUUAGUAAAAUAGGCGAUAACAGUAUAAUAAUCCUUGCUAGGUUACUUUUGAUAGAUGAUUUGAUUUCUAUGUAUGAUGAAAAGUUUCUGUGAAGAAAAAGGGAAGUUGUAUUAAAUGCCAUGGUGUUAAACACUUCAGCAGAAUUGUUUUCUUUUACUAUUUAAAAAAUAGU